AUAUGUUGAAUAAAAGACAACAGUCUUUUCCGGUGGAGGCAAAUAAAGUUAAAGUUAUCCCUCCUUUCAGACGCUUGCUUUCAAAGAUUCCAACAUGGUCUCUAAUUGUCGCAAACGCCAUGCAUAGCUGGGGGUUUUUUGUUGUUCUUUCUUGGAUGCCAAUAUACUUCAACUCAGUAUAUCGGGUGGAUCUCAGGCAGGCGGCAUGGUUUAGUGUCGUUCUGUGGAUUGUGAUGGCUAUCAUGAUUUACCUUGCUGGCUUUUGGUCAGAUAUGAUGAUACAAAGGGGUACAAGUGUUACUUUGACUCGUAAGAUUAUGCAGUCCAUUGGUUUUGUUGGUCCUGGAGUUAGCCUCAUUGGUUUAGCAACAACAAGAAACCCUUCGAUUGCUUCAGCUUGGCUUACGUUACCCUUUGGCUCAAAAUCUUUCGGUCACUCUGGUUUUCUUGUGAACUUUCAGGAUAUCGCACCACAGUACUCUGGUGUUUUACAUGGAAUGGCAAAUACUGCUGGAACACUUGCUUCUAUAAUUGGAAUAGUUGGAGCUGGCAUUUUGUUGAGCUAGUUGGUUCGU